GAAGAGAGAGACGGACUUACGUUUCGGAUGGACAUCGCUCCCCCUUUCUCGGCCUCGCCAAGGAGGAAAGGCCGCCGCUCUAACCCGGUGCCUCUCCUCCUCAAGCCCUAGCCCGCCUCUCUUCUCUCUCGUCGGCUCCUUCUACUUCCGGCGCCGCCCGCGCGUAACUCUAACCCUAGCCCGAGCGCCCUAACCCUAGCACCGUGUUGCGGGGUUGCCUUGCGAUCUGGAGGCCCGGCUCUUCUCCCCGAAGCCUCCCACAGGCGAGGAAGGGGAAGAUGAAGGGGCUAUUCAAGUCGAAGCCGCGGACGCCGGCUGAUGUCGUGCGGCAGACGCGGGACCUCCUUAUCUACGUCGACAUCAAUUGGAACACCCGGGAGGCCAAGCGGGAGGACAAGAUGCAAGAGCUAAGCAAGAAUAUCCGGGAAUUGAAAUCUAUUCUGUAUGGCAACAGUGAAGCAGAACCAGUUUCUGAAGCUUGUGUGCAACUGACUCAAGAGUUUUUUCAAGGAAACACAUUACGCCUGCUAAUUGUUUGUCUCCCGAAAUUGAACCUAGAGGCUCGGAAAGAUGCUACGCAAGUUGUUGCAAAUUUGCAAAGGCAGCAAGUUCAUUCACGGUUGAUUUCUUCUGAUUAUUUGGAAGCAAACAAAGAUCUUUUGGAUCUUUUAGUGUCUGGUUAUGAGAACAUGGACAUUGCUUUACACUAUGGUGCUAUGUUGAGGGAGUGUAUUCGUCAUCAAAGCAUAGCAAGGUAUGUUUUAGAGUCUGAGCAUAUGAAGAAGUUCUUUAAUUAUAUACAGCUUCCAAACUUUGACAUAGCAUCGGAUGCCUCUGCAACUUUUAAGGAGCUUUUGACAAGGCAUAAAUCAACUGUUGCUGAAUUUCUUUCUAAAAAUUAUGACUGGGUGGAACUUAUGGAAACUGAUUCAAAUCAAGAUUCUGAGUUUUUCAAUGAAUUUAACUCAAAGCUGCUGGAGUCUCCCAAUUACAUAACAAGAAGGCAAGCUAUCAAGCUUUUGGGAGACAUGUUACUGGAACGAUCAAAUUCUGCAGUUAUGAUGCACUAUGUUAGCUCAAAGGACAAUCUUAUGAUUCUAAUGAAUCUUCUCAGGGAAUCAAGUAAGAAUAUCCAAAUAGAGGCAUUCCAUGUAUUCAAGUUAUUUGCUGCUAAUAAAAAUAAGCCCCAGGAGAUAAUAAGCAUACUCGUCACAAACAGGAACAAGCUUCUUCGGCUUCUAGCUGACUUUAAGACAGACAAAGAGGAUGAUCAGUUUGAGGCAGACAAAUCUCAAGUUAUCAAAGAGAUAGCUGCCCUGUAAGUACCAAGAGUUCUCCUGCAUGGUCAUGUCCGUUAUAUUAUUUUUUAUUAUGUAAUUGUAAAUUUAGAAGAUGGAAUCACCCUGUUUUGUGCUAUCUGGCAUGGAGUAUGCACAGACCAUUGUUCUGUAUCUACAGAAAAAAGAUAAUCUUCAGAAACAUCAAUCAGUAAGAAGAUGAUGCAUUCUUUAUUUUUGCCUUGUAA